GCUUGCCUGGCCCAGUCCGCCGCUGCUGUCUGGCGCCGGGGUCUGAGUCUCUGCUGGCUAAGCCGCCGCCUCAGCCGCUUCAAUCUCGCCUUCCGCCCUCGCUCUCCCUCCGCGCCGCCAGACCCCGUAGCCCCGCGCGCCCCCAGCCCUUUAAGCCAGAUGAUGAACUUCCUGCGGCGCCGGCUGUCGGACAGCAGCUUCAUCGCCAACCUGCCCAACGGCUACAUGACCGACCUGCAGCGGCCCGAGCCCCAGCAGCCGCCGCCGCCGCCCGCCGGUCCGGGCGCCGCCUCGGCCUCGGCGGCGCCCCCGACCGCCUCGCCAGGCCCGGAGCGGAGGCCGCCGCCCGCCUCGGCGCCCGCGCCGCAGCCCGCGCCGACGCCGUCGGUGGGCAGCAGCUUCUUCAGCUCGCUGUCCCAAGCCGUGAAGCAGACGGCCGCCUCGGCUGGCCUGGUGGACGCGCCCGCUCCCGCGCCCGCAGCCGCCAGGAAGGCCAAGGUGCUGCUGGUGGUCGACGAGCCGCACGCCGACUGGGCCAAGUGCUUUCGGGGCAAAAAAGUCCUUGGAGAUUAUGAUAUCAAGGUGGAACAGGCAGAAUUUUCAGAGCUCAACCUGGUGGCCCAUGCAGAUGGCACCUAUGCUGUGGAUAUGCAGGUUCUCCGGAAUGGCACAAAGGUUGUCCGGUCCUUCCGGCCAGACUUCGUGCUCAUCCGGCAGCAUGCAUUUGGCAUGGCGGAGAAUGAGGACUUCCGCCACCUGAUCAUUGGCAUGCAGUAUGCAGGCCUCCCCAGCAUCAACUCACUGGAAUCCAUAUACAACUUCUGUGACAAGCCAUGGGUGUUUGCCCAGCUGGUCGCUAUCUAUAAGACACUGGGAGGAGAAAAGUUCCCUCUCAUUGAACAGACAUACUACCCCAACCACAAAGAGAUGCUGACACUGCCCACGUUCCCUGUGGUGGUGAAGAUUGGCCACGCUCACUCAGGCAUGGGCAAGGUCAAAGUGGAAAACCACUACGACUUCCAGGACAUUGCCAGCGUGGUGGCUCUCACCCAGACCUAUGCCACUGCAGAGCCUUUCAUUGACUCCAAGUAUGACAUCCGGGUCCAGAAGAUUGGCAACAACUACAAGGCUUACAUGAGGACAUCGAUCUCAGGGAACUGGAAGACGAACACUGGCUCUGCGAUGCUGGAGCAGAUCGCCAUGUCAGACAGGUACAAACUGUGGGUGGACACCUGCUCUGAGAUGUUUGGCGGCCUGGACAUCUGUGCUGUCAAAGCUGUACAUGGCAAAGAUGGGAAAGACUACAUUUUUGAGGUCAUGGACUGUAGCAUGCCACUGAUUGGGGAACAUCAGGUGGAGGACAGGCAACUCAUCACCGAACUAGUCAUCAGCAAGAUGAACCAGCUGCUGUCCAGGACUCCUGCCCUGUCUCCUCAGAGACCCCUAACAACCCAGCAGCCACAGAGCGGAACACUUAAGGAUCCGGACUCAAGCAAGACCCCACCUCAGCGGCCACCCCCUCAAGGGGGCCCUGGGCAACCCCAAGGAAUGCAGCCCCCAGGCAAGGUGCUGCCUCCACGCCGGCUCCCCCCUGGACCAUCACUGCCACCUUCCUCCUCUUCCUCCUCCUCUUCCUCCUCCUCGGCUCCUCAGCGGCCGGGCGGCCCCACCACCCACGGAGAUGCACCCUCCAGCAGCAGCUCCCUGGCAGAGGCCCAGCCACCCCUGGCUGCUCCACCACAGAAGCCCCAGCCUCACCCACAGCUCAACAAGUCGCAGUCCCUGACAAAUGCCUUCAGCUUCUCUGAGUCCUCCUUCUUCCGGUCUUCAGCCAAUGAGGAUGAAGCCAAAGCGGAGACCAUCCGGAGCUUGAGGAAGUCCUUUGCCAGCCUCUUUUCAGAUUAGCUCUUCAGACACACGGGGCACCCAGCCCAACCGGGAAAGGCAUCUAAGACAUUCACCAACAACAGUCAGCCAGCUUGGUGGUGAUGUCCCAUGACCUUGACGUGUGUGGUCCCUUCCUCUGCUCUGUUGUACUAAGUGAUGUUGUGCAGCCCAGAAAGGACCAUUUGACAGUCUCAGGGCAGGUGCCUACCCAGCAAGGGGCACCUGGCAUCAGAGAGGAAAGAGCUGCUUCCCUGUAGUCAUGAGAGCUUCCUUCUGAAGUCAUCGUUCGCUGUGAGUUUAGUGGCCUUAUUGUGACAGUGCCAUCAUGUCUUAUUCUUCCCUGUGAAACCAGGAUUAAUCGUGGACUCCUGGCAGCUUAACCUAGCUCAGUUGCAGUGCUAAGCAUGCCCCGCCCCCAUUCAGUGAUACCUGUUUGGGAAGUAUAUACUUCCCCAAAAGUACUCUUGGCCCUAAGUUUUAGGAACUUUCCCCAACCUGGAUCCCUUGUCAUACCUGUGUUACUGUUUAAAGCACACCCACCCAACUUACAAGAUUGUAGGCUGCUGUGGUGGUGAAGCACCUUGACUCUGCUGAUAUUCGGGAGAACAAGGAUCUGCAGUUUCCCCCUUUCUCCCCUCUGAAGAGUGGUUCUUAUGUGCAAUCUGCAGUAACCUUGAACUCCAGAGCUGCACUAUAGAGGAGAAUGCAUGCCACUAUGACAGCAGUAUGCCAAGCUUUGUGUUCAUCUCCUAAUAAACGUUAAGACCUUUGGUGUAAUAAAA